GGGGAGUUGGUAACACUGGGUGGCGACUGGCGUUCCGCGUUUGUUCGAUCGCUUGGUUACACGUUCACGUCAUCUUUUUAGUUUCUAAUGUCUGAAUUUUGCAUCCCACAUGCUUAGGGGUAACCGAAUUAAGAAGAAAUCCAAGAAUCCCCGAACGAGAAGAAAAGUACGAGUGAGAGUUUCAAAGUAAAUGUGAACUAGAAAGUGUGUGAACAAAGUCGUGAGGUGUCUCGACCGUCCGGUUCAAUCUGGUUUUGAGCAGUUUGAACCCAGUGCCGGGCUCCAGUCCCCCUUUUUUCAUAGUAUAAAAGUUUAGUGGUGUGUUUUAGAUAAAUAAACGUUUUAUUUGCCGUUUUUCGGAAAGUUUUUUUUGUUGGUUAAAUAAUUGUGUAAACGAUCGAAAAUGUCUGAAGAAUCGUCCGCUGAUCGCAACGUAGAGAUAUGGAAGAUCAAGAAGCUGAUCAAGAGCUUGGAGAUGGCCAGAGGGAAUGGAACAUCGAUGAUAUCCCUGAUCAUCCCACCCAAGGAUCAGAUAUCCAGGGUGUCAAAGAUGUUGGCUGAUGAAUUUGGCACAGCAUCCAACAUCAAGUCCAGAGUCAACCGACUGUCCGUCUUGGGAGCCAUCACAUCUGUACAACACCGACUCAAGUUGUACACUAAAGUGCCACCAAAUGGUCUGGUCAUCUACUGCGGCACAAUAGUCACAGAGGAAGGCAAGGAGAAGAAAGUCAACAUUGACUUUGAGCCGUUCAAGCCAAUCAACACAUCCCUGUAUCUCUGCGACAACAAGUUCCACACAGAAGCCCUGACGGCUCUGCUGGCUGAUGACAACAAGUUUGGAUUCAUUGUUAUGGAUGGUAACGGAGCGCUGUUUGGUACACUGCAGGGAAACACGCGUGAGGUCCUACACAAGUUCACAGUGGACCUGCCCAAGAAGCACGGGCGUGGUGGUCAGUCUGCGUUGCGUUUCGCGCGUCUGCGUAUGGAGAAGCGACACAACUAUGUGCGCAAGGUGGCAGAGGUGGCCACGCAGCUGUUCAUCAGCGCGGACAGACCCAACGUGGCCGGACUUAUCCUCGCGGGUUCUGCUGACUUCAAGACUGAGCUCUCUCAGUCCGACAUGUUUGAUCCGCGUCUGCAAUCGAAGAUCAUCAAGUUGGUGGACGUGUCGUACGGUGGUGAGAACGGGUUCAACCAAGCGAUCGAGCUGGCGGCGGAGUCGCUGCAGAACGUGAAGUUUAUACAGGAGAAGAAGCUCAUUGGACGGUACUUUGAUGAGAUCUCACAGGACACGGGCAAAUACUGUUUCGGCGUGGACGACACGCUGCGCGCGCUGGAGCUCGGCGCGGUGGAGACGCUCAUCUGCUGGGAGAACCUCGACAUACAGCGAUACGUGCUGAAGUCCCACGCGACCAACCAAGAGACCAUCCUUCACCUGACGCCAGAACAGGAGAAGGACAAGUCACACUUCACCGACAAAGAUACGGGCGUGGAGCUGGAGCUGGUGGAGUGCCAGCCGCUGCUGGAGUGGCUCGCCAACAACUACAAGUCGUUCGGCGCCACGCUGGAGAUCAUCACCGACAAGAGCCAGGAGGGGAGCCAGUUCGUGCGCGGCUUCGGCGGCAUCGGCGGUCUUCUCCGUUACAAGGUCGACUUCCAAUCGAUGCAGUUAGACGACGAGGAGAUCGACAACCUGUACGACAUCGACGACUACUAAACUCACGGCUCAUACACCAGUCGCUAACUAAUGCCAAUAUAAAGAUAUUGUAAAUUAAAAAUGGAGAAGAAAUCAAAAUCCGCUCCAUCAGAGUACUAAAAGCCUAGAAGAAAUCAAAGUCCGCUCCAUCAGAGUAUUAAAAUUCUCGAAGAAAUCAAAAUCCGCUCCAUGAGUUUUAAUUUUUAUGGGCUAUGUUGUGAAUUCGUUGCUUUAUAAUUAUCAGAUUCUUGGUUAAAUUUUCGGGCUUAUUUUAUAAUUUUUAAAUUGGCUCAUUAUCAAACAAAAAUCAUAAUUCGUUUAUUUCAUGUAGGUUUAGUUUACAAGCACUUUUGAAAACGUCAAGUUUGACUAUUUGUAGAGAUUUUACAACACCACCAGUCGGGAAAGCUUUGACUAAUGAUUGGAUGUGUUAGAUAUUCUUAAUUUUUUCAAGUUGAUUCAUACAUGAACACGAAAUAAAAUGUAGAACCAAUAGUCGGUUAUAUAAAAGCGCAUACACAACAUAAAAGAAAUCGACAGAAACUUGUGAUAGUACUGCGUGUUUUGAUUGUGGCUUUUAUAACUUUAUAACUUAGCAAUUUUAAUUUACAAAAUCUCGUAAAAAGUACUGAAUAAAGUUUUAAUUAUAUGUCUGUUGUUGUAACAUGAGUAAGUAACGAUGAAGGAAACUAAGUUAUUCAGUGGAAUUUUACUAAAUUUACACGAAACCAGGUUUAAUUAACUGCACUGUAAUAGUAUUUGUAGACAUAAUUUUUCAUUUUUCAUGUAUUUCCAAAACAUUUUUUUAUGGUUGCAAAUGUACUACAAACACAUUUCGAAAUUAAGCCGAGUGAAACCAUUUUUUUAAUAGUUGAAUUAUUAUAACAUUUAUAUGUAAAAUGCCUCUGAUCUGCUCGAUCAAGGAAGAUUUUUUUAUUGUAAUCAUUUAUUUGGGUGGUUUGUAUUGUUAAUUUUUGUUUUAUCAGUUUGUACACAUUAUGAAACGUAUUUUUUUUUUAAAUUACUGAGUCCAAAACUACAAAAUAAUGAACACUUUUAUUUUCAAACACCGUUAGUAGGGUGAGGGGUGGGUUUAAUUCAUUGGUAUUUUUGAGUAAAUAAAAAAUACGUAUUUCAUUAAAUUCGCAAAAUGUAAAAAAAGUCUUCCUGUAGGUGAAAUUGUAGAUUGAAUAUUGAAUAUACACACCUAUAACAUAAAUAUUAAUUGUGUAAUUGAUAGAAACGUCUUUCACGCAUCAUGGUGAUAGAGCGAAUAUUGAUUUUAUUGAUGAUUGAUUUUAUAUUCAAUAAAGUAUUUCAUUAAUGUUCGAUGGAGCGGUUGUUGACUUCAUCAAAAAGCCAUGAAACGAAACUUGAUUCCAUUGAUAUUUAUAUAUGGCCCAAUGGAGCUGCGAGUAAUAUUAAUUUCAUUAAACUCUAUGAAACGAUUGGUUAUUUCAUUGAACAAUUUUAUUUUUGAAACUAAUAUGCAAUACUAUAUGUCAAUAUUCGAUAUAUCACUGAUUAAUGUUUUAAUAUAAUUAUUAUUUAUUAUUUUUUUAAUACCCCGUAUGGAGUCACAAUGUUUGAAUGAAUAAAUAACUUAUACAUUCAAAAUUCGAACGUUCAUAAAAUCUAGGGUUGCCAAACUUUAAAAAAUAGCAUUUUCUCAGCAUAUUCAUAUCAUUGGCAACACUUGACUUGACGUUCGUGGAGAUUUCCAAUAUAUUUGCAUUUUUUUAAUAAUUGCAAUAAUAUAUCAAUAAAAUUAUGUAUGUGAGUGUGUGUGGGUGUGUAAAAAUGUGUACCGGCAAUAAAUGACACGUAAAAUAAAGUAAAAUAAAAUGAGGCGAAAAAAUUAUCCUUAUACACAUGACCAAUAAAUUAGGCAGACGGUAUCUCCCUGUCAAACAACUGACGCACCAUAAUGGCGCCGAGUAUCUAUAAAAUAGGCAGACGGUAUCUCGCUGUCAAAUAAUUGAUAUACUCAGACUAAAUACAUAAGGACUAGUAUCGCACCGAAAUUCACGAACAAAUUUUUCUGCUAUUUUCUAGGGAAAACGAGCUUAGAUUUAAUUCAUAUCUUAUACUAAACUAGCAGUUUUUGUUCGUUUUUUACACCAUUUAACUACACAAAAAGGUAUUUUUACGGAGGUUUUUAACCGACGGACACGUUUGUAAACUAUGAAACAUCGAUUCUAUACAGACAGUGUUUAUAAUCGCAUAAGAUCGUUGAUCAUAUACUUUGACAGAAAAAUAAUGUCUUAUGAGGCAGGUCUUUAUCUUAUUAGUCUGAGUUGAUAUACCAUAAUGGCGCCGAGUAUCUAUAAAAUAGGCAGACUGUAUCUCGCUGUCAAUUAACUGACGCACCAUAAUGGCGCCGAGUAUCUAUAAUACAGGCAGGCGGUAUCUAGCUGUCAAAUAACUGACGCACCAUAAUGGCGCCGAGUAUCUAUAAAAUAGGCAGACGGUAUCUCCCUGUCAAAUAACUGACGCACCAUUAUGACGCCGAGUAUCUAUAAAAUAGGUAGACGGUAUCUUGCUGUCAAAUAACUGACGCAUCAUAAUGGCGCAGAGUAUCUAUAAAAUAGGCAGGCGGUAUCAUGCUGUCAAGUAACUGACGCACCAUAAUGGAGCCAGAUAUAGGAAAUUAAUGGUGGUCUGUCUUCAUAAUAUGUGAAUCCGUGUGCGUGUAGGUAUGUACGUAUAUUAUGGGAACUAGCAGAACUGUGGUGCGUCACUUUUUAGUUUAGGAGACGGUGUCUGGACUUUUUAUAACGUCUAUGCUUAAAGGUGGUCGCUUGUAUAUUUUCGAAAAAAGACAUUGCCAAUUAGCAAUACUAUUUUUUGCGACUGACCACACUGGUGCAAACUUAUGUAAUAAAAACCAAAAUGCAUGUAAAAUUUCGAAAUGAAACUUGUGCCUUAAUUAAUUUCAGAUAAGAACAAUAAUCACCGAUAAUUAUUUUGUAUAAAAAACUGUAUACAGUCGUUUUUAGGAUAACGUUGGAAUUUUACGUAUCACUUAUAUUAGUUAGUUAAAUUGAAUCCUUCGUAAAUUAGUCCAAGAGAUAGUGGAAAAUUAUGUGGAUGUACUUGUUCAAAGUGCUACCUCCUAGCACAUCGUUUAAAUAAAUUCUUUUAAUUGUAAAUAAUUAAGUCUGAGGAUUAAAUAAAUUAUUUUUGUUCAGUGUAAACUAUAAAGAAACAGGCGCGUGGCCAAAGGUGCCAUUUUAAGGUCGGUAUUAAGUACUCAUAUUGAAGUAUUAAGUAAGUUAUUUUGCUGGGACCAAACUGAACUGUAGGCUAUAGAUUAUAGGAAAGAGUUUUGAAAAGCAACUUAUUUUUGCAAUAUUAGAGCCUCAAUAGCUCAAUGGUAAAAGCGGUCGGACUCAUCACGAAGGGGUGGUGGUUCAAUCCCCGCCGUUGGUCUAUUGUCUUACCCACUCCUAAUACAGUCUUUCCCGACUAAUUGGAAGGGAAAGGGAAUAUUGGUCAUAAUUAAAAAUAUGGUUAAUAUUAUUUCUUAAAAAAAAAACAAAUAAAACAAUAUUAUUAAUCUUUGUCAUUGUUGAUAUGUUUAAAUAAGUUAAAUUAAAGUGCUCCACUAUCAUUUCCUCUGUCUCUUAGACUGUAAGUGCCUUAUAAAGCUAUAAAUUGUUUUAAUUGUGAGGGAAAUGUAACAUGUAUUUAUAGCAUGCUUAAUUAUAAAGGAUUUUUCUGUCUUGCAGCAUUGGGUACUGAGGUUUCGUUAUGUCAAGAGCUGGUCUACGAUUUGUUAGUACGCGUUUAUGCAAUAAAUAUGUAUUAUAAUUA